UGAGCAUUGGGGAAAGGAUCAAUCUGUAGAUUUCUGAAGUUAACGCUAUCUAAUGGACUAUAACCUUUCUCUGCUCCCUGUCUAACUCCUGAUUUGAACAACAAAUUUGAGUAAUUCCAAAAUAAGGAACAAUACUUUGCACAUUAAUGAAGAAAAGGAUUCCAGGAUGUGGGAUUUGAUCAUCGAUUUCUACGUGUCUUUGAUUGCUACAUACUGAGGGAGAAAAAGGAGAUUGGAGACAGAAAACCUUAACCACUACAUAUAUAGAAGAACAUCAGAGAAAGAGAGAACCUUGCUUUAAACUAGUGUGGUUCAAAGAACAGCAUUACGUAACUGUAACAGCACUAACUGAUUCAACAAAGAGAACAACAUUCAGAUCCAUGUAUUACGGAAAACAUCAUGCCCCAGGUACAGAGGAAAGCAGCAACCUUGUCAUUAACAUUAGCCUCUUCUUCGGGAAUUGAAAGUUCUGCGUGUCCUACGAAACCUCAGAUGUGCACCAAACCUGUUCAGACGUCAUCUGAUCAUACCCAGCAGACCAAAAGGCACCAGUUUCCUACUUAUUCAGGAGCUUCAACGGGGAAUGCUCCAGUAUUUACAAAGUGUUUGCAGAAUGUCACAUCACCAAAGAGUCAGUUGGUGGUACUGGAGUGCCGAGUCCAAGGUUCCUCCCCUUUAAGUGUGCAGUGGUACAAGGAGGAAAAGUUAAUCAAGGACUCUGCAGAUUUUCGAAUUUUAAGGAAAAAGGCUUGUUUAACAGCAAUACCUGAAGAGGUUUGCACUCUGGUAAUUACAGAAGCCUUUCCAGAAGAUUCGGGCUUGUACAAUUGUGUUGCUACCAACAAAAAUGGUGCAACUUCAUGUUGUGGCCAGCUCACUGUCUAUUCAGAAAGUGAGAAAACCCAAGAUCAAGGUUUUCAGUCCAGCACCAAAAUAUAUUCAGAUAGUUCCAUGAGAGAUCAAGGCUUUUUGAAUGACAAAGGGAUGCACAGCAGACAAUUUGUAUUGGAGAACUCAAAUAAGCAGAAUAAACCACAGACCGACGCUCAGAUCUUUGGCGUUCGUCCUGAUGUAAACAUCUCUCCAUCAACGAAAACACAGGCAUUCAAAGUCAAUCCUGAACUUUAUAGAUACCCUAGUGAUCCUGGAAAGAAAAUCAUCAAGUCUCCAAGGCCCACCAGUGAUGAACAGAUACAAGGCUCUAAAACUGCUGUUAUUCAAGACUUGGAAAGAAAAUUGCGCUGUAAAAAUGGGCUUCUGCAUGAUGGACAUCAGCGAUUAACAUAUGAAGAAAAGAUGGCUCGCAGAUUACUAGGACCAGAGAAUGCUGCCUCUGUCCUUGACCUUCAAAAGAUGGAAAAUGAACAAAUCAGCCAGCAGCAAUCCUCUUCAGAAAGCCAAAGAUGGCAGGCACAUCAAUCACCAAAAGAAAGGCAACGAGUUGGCUCCAGGGAGUUUGAAAAUGAGGAUGAAUCAAUCCAAGAGAAGCUUUUCCCUCCUCGCUUUUUACAGAAACCAGAUGAAAAUAUGAUAAUUCAGCAGUACGGGCUAUGUCGAAUUGAUUGCAAGGUCAGUGGAUUGCCACCUCCAGAACUUAUGUGGUAUUUAAAUGGGCAACCUGUUGAACAGGAUAUGGGUCAUAAAAUGCUUGUGUCGGGAAAAGGUAUACAUUCACUCAUUAUUGAUGCAGUCACAGCAAGGGAUGUCGGACUGUAUGAAUGUAUAGCCGUCAAUCGUGCUGGCCAGAGCAAGUUUACAGUUCAUCUUGAAGUUGAAGUAAGGGAAAUGGUAAGAGCACCAGAAUUUAUCUAUAAACUCCAGAAUUCCAGAGCCAUUGAAGGAGGAAAUGUCAAGCUGGAAUGUCAGGUGACAGGAGAGCCAAGGCCAGUAAUCUUCUGGAGAAAAGAUCACGAAAUGAUCAAACACAGCACAGACAGGAUCAGGAUAUACCAAACCAAUGAAGGUAAAGUUGGCCUUGAAAUUUUUCCUGUUGAUAAACGUGAUGGUGGAUGGUAUACUGUGUCUGCACAAAAUGAAGCUGGAUCAACAAUCUGCACAGCAAGAUUGGAUAUUGCCUCUUGGCCAGUGAAACACGCUUCAAACACAAAGUCACUGAAGGUUCGACCAACAUUUACCCGUUACUCUGUGCUUAAUGGUCAGGGUUUUCUGGUGGUCCCAGACUCCCAAUGUACUGCAUCCAACCCUGGCUUGGUAGAAAGUGAAGAUCUGUGAUGUUUUCAUACUUCAACUCAAAAUACAAUGUUUUUCAGCUUGCUGAAUGUAUGUUUUAUCUGCACCUUACUGUAAACAAAAUAAUUAGUUUUGUAUAUAAGUGCAUUUAGUUGUAAAAUGCAAGAACGCUACAGCAUCCGGUCAAACAUUUUGCACAUUAAGCGAUUAUUAUUUCAUGUCCUUAUGGUACCAUAGAACAGAACUAUAAAUCUGUUCCACAGUAUAGAAUCAGUUAAGUAAGGUGAGAACAUAAUGAAAAUUAAUAAGCAGAAUUAAGUGUGUAUAAUAUUUUAUGGUAUCUUAUAAGUUGUGGUAUUGGGUUUGAGUAAAAACAUGUUAGCAAAUUAUCUUAAAUAGGAGCAUGCACAAAGUUCUAACUCCAAACAACUUUAAAAAUAAAAUUAUUGUCACAGUCUUGGAAUUAUGAAUGUGUCUGCAACAAAUAACCAAAUUACAUAAGCUAACUUUAUGAAAUGCAGUAUUGUAAGCUAAAAGUGCAAAGCAGUAAACUGCUUCAGAUGGAUAGAGUUAUCUAGAUGGAACAUCACAAAGCGCGCUCAUGAACAAUAUCAAAACUACGUUAAGUGUAAUGAUGGCAUCUUUUGCAAUCUCUGACUAGAAAGAGCUUCAUUUAUUUGUGUAAAAGUAUAUUUCUAUAAAUCAGGCUUUUAGAUUAAAAACUGUAGGCACCAAGUCUCUGUGCAGCUGUUUGCUUACAAAUAUCUUUACAAAACUUUGCACCACAUUUAUUAAAAUACAUAUCAAUCCAGGAAUAGCUUUAAUAGAGGAAUGACUUUUUUUUUUGUUUUCUAUCCUUCAUUCACAGAAAGGCUAGUUUUGUGGAUGAGUACCUACCUACCUACCCACCCUAGAAAAAGUCAUUUCUAUUUGCAGUGCAUGGGUGAAUGAUCCCCUUAACGAUCAUUUCAGUUCCAUUCUUUGGAUAAAAGAUACUGCUGGUUAUCACCAAAUGUAAAAAAAAUUAAAAUAUAAACUAAUAGGUUAGUGUACCAUUUGGCAAAGAAUUGGUCUGUCUUUAUGUGCUUUUCUGAAGAAAUUACUAUUUAUUUGCUGUCUAGAGCAGCAGUAGCUGUAAUUCAAUGUAAUUAAGUCACCAUUCUAGAUACUGGCUUCUAACAAUGAAAUACAGGGUCAAUGUCCCAGCUUUGCAGAAUAAUGACAGUCAAAAGAAAGUUAUAAAUUAUAAAGACGGAUUGUUUACUUGUCUCUAGUUUUAAAAAUCCAUUGAUCAAUAAAAUCUUAUUCAAAAUUAUUUUUGAAACUGUUUUGCAUUAAUAAGCGUACACAAAAGAAUUACGACAUUGUUGGGCUGUUGUGCAUU